AGCUGGGGCGGGGGGCGAGUGGAGUCUCGCUGUGAGAUAAAAACCCGGGCAGGCUGGGACGGUUAGCCCGGGUCGUCAACUCCAGGUGUCAAAAUGGCCGCUCACAUUGUCUUCUUCAUCGUGUGUCUUCAGGUUCUACUAGUUCAAGGAGGUGACGACUCCACGAUCUGUAAGGACUCUGGCUGGACGAGUGGUGCCCACCCCUACCCCUACGACUGCCAGCACUACGUCCUGUGUAACGGUACGCUGACCAUCGUCCGCGCCUGCAAUGACGGCACUUUCUACGAUGCCGCAGUCAGAGCCUGCCUAGCGGACAACCAUGGCCGUCCGUGUCUAGCCAACCAAGAUUUAUCCACUCCACCGUCAUAUCUAGAUACCACAGUGUGCAGACAGUACGGCUGGGCUUCCGGCAUCCACCCUUACCCCGGCGACUGCAACCACUACGUCUACUGCGUCAACUCCAACACGCACAUCGUCGUCUGCCCGCCUGGCACCAGCUUUGAUACGAGGGUCAACGGCUGCCUGGAUAAGUCUGAUGCUGAGCCGUGCCAGGCCACCACCACCACCCCCGCGCCGAUCACAACUGAGGCGAACACGGACGCGAACAUCUGCAGCCACAACGGGUGGGUGUUCGGCAUCCACCCCUACCCAACGGACUGCAACCACUACGUCUACUGCGUCAACUCCAACACGCACAUCGUCGUCUGCCCGCCUGGCACCAGCUUUGAUACGAGGGUCAACGGCUGCCUGGAUACGUCUGAUGCUGAGCCGUGCAAGGCCACCACCACCCCCGCGCCGACCACAACCAAUGCGAACACGGACGCGAACAUCUGCAGCCACAACGGCUGGGCGGCCGGCAUCCACCCCUACCCCGGCGACUGCAACCACUACGUCUACUGCGUCAACUACAACACGCACAUCCUCGUCUGCCCGCCUGGCACCAGCUUUGAUACGAGGGUCAACGGCUGCCUGGAUACGUCUGAUGCUGAGCCGUGCAAGGCCACCACCACCCCCGCGCCGACCACCACCACCACCCCCGCGCGGAACACAACCAUCACGAUAACGGACUCGAACAUCUGCAGCCACAACGGGUGGGUGUUCGGCACUCACCCCUACCCCACAGACUGCAGCCGCUACGUCAUCUGCAUCAACUCCGUAACCCACGUUGUGAUCUGUGCCCCCGGCACCAGAUUUGAUAAGAGGGUCAAAGAUUGCCUGGUUACGUCGUACGCCGAGCCUUGUUAUACUAAUGAUCAAUGGACAGACAUGGCGGGCAUCUGCAACAAGUUCAACCUGGUUGACGGCAUCUACCCCGACCCCGGGGCCUGCAGUAAGUUCGUGGAGUGUGUCAGCGCCAACACCUACCACAUGGAGUGUCCGGCCAGCCUCAUGUUCAACUCGAAACUUCUCGUCUGUGACGAGGCCUAUGACGUCGUAUGCACAGACAACUACAACUACAAUUUUCAGAAUAUUAUCAUUGGCUAGCUAAAGCACCAGCUAUCGAAAUGAAUGUUAUCAUUGGUUAGUUGGAGGGGAAUAUUAUCGUUGGAUAGUUUGAAUGAAUAUUUGUAUUGGCUGCUCAUAGCUGCGUAAACUCUGGCUAGCUUACGGAAUAUUACUAUUGACCAUUUUUCAGUCAUGCUAUAUUUAUAAAUUAAACAAGUUGAUUAUAAACUGC